AUGGCAUCUCUGAUGCAAAUGCAUAGAAAAGGCCCACCCAAAAAGCCUCCCAAGAAGCUUGGCCCCACAGAUGGCAGACCAUUUUUACGGGGUGUUGUGUUAAAGACACUUGUCAAGAAACCCAAGAAGCCAAAUUCUGCCAAUCGUAAAUGUGUGCGUGUGAAGUUAAGCACUGGUCGUGAGGCUACAGCGUAUGUUCCAGGUGAAGGGCAUAACCUGCAGGAGCACAGUAUUGUGUUAGUCAGAGGGGGACGAGUUCAAGAUUUACCAGGUGUCAAGCUCAAGUGUGUGCGAGGAAAAUAUGACUUGCCCCAUGUGAAAAAGGAUAGCGGGUGA